UGCUAAGAUCUGCGAAAGGCUAUCAAAGAAAGCACUGAAAGAGGACAAUUGUGAAAACGUCUACAGGAUGUGAGCUGUGUUUUUUUGCACAAUGCCAUUUCCUUUUCUACUUCUGCUUCUGGGGGACGACUUCAUUAUGGUCACAAGGGUUUAUGCCAAGAUAUCAGUGAGAGGACUUAUGAGGUGAAGAUUGUGUCUCUGAAACGGAACGUGCUCACCCCGUGGUUUACUGGGUAUAGAAUAGUUGGGGAAAAGGGGUUUCUAAAAAUCUGCUUCAUAAUGGUAGAUGCACCUCAGAAUAAUUCUGCAGACAUGAAUCCAGUCAGCCAACAUCAAAAUGCCUUCAUUUCGUUCGUGGAAAAUGCUAAGAAGACCAAAACUUUUGAAAAAGCUGGGCCUUUACAGAAAAAGACCAAAGGCCUGGACAAAUUCUGCUGUGAUAAAUGUCGCUUCUCAUCCAGAGACAUUGUUCAAUUUCAUAAGCACAUGUGGCAGCAUGCAGAAAUGACCUUCUCUUGCUCUUACUGCAAUCACGUCUCCUACACCAGAGGCGAAUCCCAGCGCCAUCUUGUCAAACACACUGGCACAUUCCCCUUCAAGUGCCAGUUCUGCCCGUACGGGGCAGUGAGAAACGACUACAUUGUGAAGCACACCCAACGAGUGCACCAGGUUUUUGUGGACAAGGCAUCGUACAGAGUUGGGAAGAAAGGGUUUCACUUAGGAAAGCAGCCCCCACAUAUCCUCAGUGUAUCCACCCCUGAAAAUGACAUGCAGAAACCAUAUUCCAAUGUGGAUGCUGGGACGCAAACUGUGGGUGGGAGCAAUGACACAGCAGUCAGCUACGGUGCCGGGAAAAAGACAAGUGAGGUUACUGAUUUGUCCAAAGUCCAGGUGGAGCUCUUAGCACCUCUAAAUGAACCCAUUCAGCAUGACAAACCCUUGACUAUCGCUUACCCACCAGAAAUGACCAUCCCCCCUGGCUGUUUUGUUGAACUUGUGGAAGUAAAAACAGUCAACGGCACCAAGGAGUUGGAGCUGAAGUUAGUCUCACAGCAUUCUACGGAAAAAGAAUCUUGUGUGAAAGAUCUGGGGAGUAACACUGGGAGAGCUUCUUUUCAGAACAACCACACAGGUAAAGCCACCUUUCGGUGCAGUGUCAUUCCACAGGAGAAAAAGGCGAUCCAUUCUGGACCUUGUACCCCAAAACAGCCCACAGGAGAAAAGAGGGAUGCAAUGUUGACACAAAAGCAGUUGGAUGUGCCUCGCUGUCGUGAUCUAGUAUUGAAAAAUCAGUCAAGGACGGCUCCGGUGGCUGUAAAAGAGGAGCCUGUGGAUGACAAGAGGCAGCUUGGUGAAACCAUGAAUGAAGCCUGCCCUGGAGCACAACAAAUGGGAGAAAGGAAUGAGAGGAGACAUGAAAGAGAUUGUAAAUCACAGAGUUCAGGACAGCACAAGGUUCCUUUCAGGGCUCACCCAGGUUCAGUAGAUGGAGGCAGUGUGAAUUUUGCCACCUGGCCAAAUUGUCCUAGUCCUGCUGAAUCCGUGAAAGCCGGUAAAGUUGGCGGACUCUCAUCUUGUAUUGUUCCUAAGGAGGAAAGAGUCACUGAUGUUCCAGUCAUUCCAGUAAGUGACUCUGUCCCUCCCUCUGGAAGUCAUUUGAACGGGAAAGAUAGUCUUUCCAUUCCCAAGACUUUGGGUAAAACUGUUCUGCAAAAGGAUAAUGAAGACACCCAUCCACGUUUAACUAAGGCAGGUGCAGAGCUACCCGUCAUUUCGUCAGUAUUUUCCAUGAGUGUUGGCCCUGGGGAUUUUCCAGGGUGCCUCAGUUGGGAGCAGAGUUUGGACAGGGUCACAGUGAAAAAGCCAGAAAACCAUCCUCAGCCUUCUGCAGUCUCUCUGGAGGUUUGUGCUUUGAAGGGGAGCACAUCAGCUGUUCCAGAACAGGGGAAUGCAAACAAUAUUCUAUCCACACAUGAGCCAACACUGAUGAUUGUCACUGAUAACUGUAGAUGCUCACAAGGAGAAGCGAGUUGCACUCAUGCAACCAAUCAGGAGAUGGAAAAGACUCCAGAGAGUGUAAAGGUGAACUCUCCAAGUCUCUCUUGUGAAAAUGCCACACAGACUGAGCUGAAAAAUAGCCCUCCAUGCACCGUUAAGAGCAUCAAAAUUUCAGUGCACACACCCACUGAUUCAAGAAGCCAGAGACCACACCAGGACUCUUCACCUGGACUUGCAUCUCAAGGAAGUGUUUUGAAGAUCUCUGACUCAAACAGCCAGUCGUCUUCUACACCCAAGAUUGCCGCAGGGAGAUCGGCAGUGAAAGGAGAUUGGAUGCCAAGGCCAGUCCUUUUCUGUGGAUUAAAUGAACGGAAUGCUGCCGACACGGAUCACUUGUGCCAAAACAGAGUUCCCAAGCUUUCACUGAAAAGGAGGCGAUCAGGAGCAGAAAAUGAAAGCUGUGUAGAUGGGCCACAGACAGAUUUGCUAGCUGAUGGAAAGGAAACUCAUGGAUGGAGACUGUCCAAGCAUAAGAAAAGAAGGAAAAAACACAAGCCCUUGAAAAUAAAGUUGCUCUCACAAACGCCAAGCAGAACUCAAGCAGACGCAGACAGACUCUGGCUUGUUCCACUGAAGGAGGACCAACCGGUUAAAGUCCCUGGCCCUAACCAACCUGUUGUUGUCCUUAACCACCCAAAUCUACAUCCUCUGGAGGGGGACACUAAUCUGCAAAACAUGACUACAUCCUACAGCAGCUUUCGCAACUGUUCAAGCUCCAGAAGAGCAUGGUCAAUUUUGGGUCAUUCACGGCAAGCAAAAACAACUCAACAAUCACCUGCCGAGCCAGACCUGACAAGGCACACAUUAAAAAUGAAACUGAAGAAGACCCAUCAAAAUAACUACCAGGUGGUGGGAUUCAUUUAUGGAGACUUUCCCAUGAAGACCCUGAAGUGCUAGUUUGGUGAAUGGAUGUUUUCUACAAUAGUAAUGGAUGCUGAGGAUUAAAACUAGAUAAAUUAACAAGAUCAGUUAUUUUGAAUACAGCUUUGUUUUUUAGGAA